CUUCUAACAAGCAUUGUUCGCUAACCAAACAAAGAAACAGUUAGAGUUUACUUAGUUUAUAGAUAUGGCCGUGGAAGCUGAGGCUGCCACCGCUCCUACGUUGGCGCUCGCCGAUACAGAUAUCAACUGGGACAGGUUGGAUAAGACCAAGUUUCAUGUGAUUGGUGCCAUACUGUUUACUGCACAAUCAGCAUUGCUUCAUCCAACGUCAGUGGUGAAGACAAGAAUGCAAGUAGCUGGGUCUGGAUUCUCUGACAUGAGAGGAAUGUCAGUGUUUGCUCACAUUUUGAGGAGGGAUGGUGUUCCUGGAAUCUUUAGAGGUUUUGGCACUUCUGCCAUUGGAUCAGUGCCUGGUAGGGUCUUGGCUCUCACAUCUCUCGAGAUGUCAAAAGACGUUAUGAUGAAAUACACUCAAGGUAGUGAUAUGCCAGAAGCAUCACGUAUUGGUCUUGCAAAUGGGGUGGCUGGCAUGUUGUCAAAUCUGGUAUCUUGUGUAUACUUUGUGCCUUUGGAUGUGAUCUGCCAGAGGUUAAUGGUACAAGGUCUUCCUGGAACUACAUAUUGUAGAGGACCAUUUGAUGUUAUCCGUAAAGUUGUAAGGGCAGAGGGUUUUCGUGGCUUGUAUAGAGGUUUUGGAUUAACAGCUGUAACCCAGUCCCCAGCAUCUGCACUGUGGUGGGGUUCAUAUGGUGCAGCACAACACAUAAUUUGGAGGAGUUUGGGCUACAAAGAUGAUAUGGAGAACAAACCUUCACAUGUGGAAAUGGUGACAGUUCAGGCUACCGCAGGGAUGGUGGCUGGUGCUUGUUCAUCUGUUAUCACUACUCCCAUUGAUACUGUAAAAACACGUCUUCAGGUUAUGGACAACUAUGGUUCUGGAAGACCAUCAGUAUUGAAGACAACCAAGACUCUCCUUAAGGAAGAUGGAUGGUGGGGAUUUUACCGGGGUUUUGGACCUAGAUUUUUAAAUAUGUCACUUUAUGGAACAACGAUGAUUGUUACUUACGAACUGAUAAAGAGAUUAUCAGUUCAACCAAGUUUGAGGCCUUUUGCUUAAGAAGUGCAACUAUACAAAGAUUCAAUACACUUGAUUUUAGCAUGUUUAUCUUGUGUACAACGACAACAAUUGAUGGAUCCCUACAACCUCAAGCACUUCAUGAUACAGUAUGACAAGGCCCUUUUGAUAAGUGUAGCCUUUUCUCAAAGAUGUGGCUACUUUUUAUGUGUUUUAUGACGACGUAACUUCUGCUUCUUAAAAGUUGUAAUACUAGAAUUCUUGUUUCUGU